AUUAACCAGCUACAGUUGUAAGAUACCAUCUGUCAUCUGUAGUGAGGUAGGAAUAGUCUACUCUCUGAGGAAAACUUGUUUUCUAAUUUAUGACUUUAGGGUAGAGAUUACACUCAUAGAACAUAUAAGAAACAGAUCCAGUGGUUAUUAUCUAUUGUUAGUUUGAGUUCUGCAGUUACUUGUAGGCUACGUAUUUUGAAACUAGCUGCGUAACAAAAAUGAAAGGACACAGGCAGUUAACCAUUAACGGUAGUUUCUCACGGGUUACACUGUAAUACUCACGAGAAAAGCUGUUACAGAUACACAGUUAUGUCAGCGGCAUCGGAUACAAGCUGUCACUUUCAACAACAAAGACUAAGGCUUGGGAGCGCUGGGUCCCCUGGUUUAUCCAACAAUAGCAGCAGGCUCCAACCCAUUCGUGCCAUCGUUCCCUAUCAGCUUUUGCGCGGUGGUCAGCAAAGUCCACCGCGGUCUUCCUCUGUCUGCGCCGGGAGCAACGUCGGGCCAGCACUGUGCCUCAGCUCGAGCCCACCAUGCCAGUUACAGCUGCCUUCAAGUCACGGAGGAAACAACGGCACGGUGGACCAGAGGUUGCCUGGGAUGCAAAGACUCUCCCCUGAAAGUAGGAGCUCACCUGAAAGAUCUUUAAACUCAACGCACAGAGCAGAAAAGUCCACGCAGCAGCCUACCCGUGGGUCUGCUGCCAUCCGCCGCACGUCCUCCCUGGACACAGUCACCGUCGCCGGGCCGUACCUCACGGGUCAGUGGCCGCGGGACCAGCACACCCCAGACCCGUCCUGGACCACGGACAAAGCCACACAGACAUCCGGCUUGUGGGGUGAGGACAAAGGAGAUCUGGGAUGUGUACAUCAACGCUCAGCGUCUUGGGGUAAUGCUGAUCAUCUCAGAGAGCAGAUCGCUAAGCUAAGGCAACAGCUGAAGAAGCAGGGGAUCAGGCCCUGUCGAGAGAAGGAGAGAGAGAAGGAGAAGGAUCAGGGACCAUCUAUAAGAGGCACCCUGGCGCAGACAAAGGCACCAGCUCCUUCUACUGCCUCAAAGCCCCUGGCGUGCAGGGCCCCUAGUUACACGGAGGGCAUCAACCAUGAGCUGGAGAAUGUCUUCAUCAACGACCAGUGGGAAAGGGAGGACCUGACGCUGUUGGAGGUUCAGGAUGGACGACGGGCCCCUUUCCCCCCGCAUCUCCACGGCAGCAGCAGCAGCAGCAGCCACGGUGGCGGUGGGAGCAGACGGAGUGCGGACGCCCUGGCCGUGUCCAGCUGCUGUUCCAGCCCGUGGUGCUGCCACUCCCCCUCCGCCUCCCCCACGGGGCCCCCCGACUCCCAGGCCAGCAGCCCGUGGCUCCUGGAGGACCAGGACAAAGAUAGUGGGAGUGGCUCACCUUUGCCCAAGUAUGCGACCUCUCCCAAGCCCAACAACAGCUUCAUGUUCAAACGCGAGCCUCCCGAGGGUUGUGAGAAGGUCAAGGUCUUCGAGGAGACGGUGUCCAGUGGCUUUCCUCUGUUCUCCUGCCCCGAUAAAAACAAGGUGAACUUCAUCCCCACUGGCUCGGCUUUCUGCCCCGUCAAGAUGCCCUGCCCGGUCCUCUUGCCCCCCAGGUCGGCUGUCGUAGCCGUGGGCUUCCACAUGGCCAACCGCGUCCCAGGUGCCACCCCUUCUUCUGGGGACCGGGCACUGCCGUCGGGCCCUGGGACCCGCUGAGGCGCUCUGCCGCCGGGCGACUGUUCGUCUCGCUUUGUCUUCUGCCAGAACGCACCAGACCCAGGGGCCAGACCCUUGUCCGAGGCCUUGUUUUACAGACCAUGCUACGGAUGGGGGCACAUGGAUGAGAUUUUAAAAUGGAAAAGAUCACUGACUGGAAUCACUGUCAUCACUGUGGAUGCUACUGGUCUCUCUCUCUCUCUCUCUCUCUCUCUCUCUCUCUCUCUCUCUCUUUCUUUCUUUCUCUCUCUCUCUCUAGCCCUAACCAGGGUUUUCUUAAGAACUCUAGACACUAUUACCACUGCAGUGGCCCCUUUUAAAAACCCUGCAGUUUAAACAUUGUAGAACCUCCAAGAGGAAUGGGGAUGAGGCACAUGGGUGAGCAAGUCAGUUUUCUCCAAUUCAGAUUUAUGGUGUUAAAACUCAAAUAUUUGUAUAAGCUUUUUUGUAUGGCAAUGCCAUUUGGUGAUUUUUUUUUUUUUUUUAAUUUAGAACUCAAUGGCUCCUCAGGAACCAUAAUAAAACAUACAGCUCCAGGUAUGUUACUGAAGUUUGGACAGAAUGCUAAAUGGAUGGAGCUGUAGUCAGGUUAACUGGAACGGAAUAUCAGAGUGAGCAGUGUCUGCAAUUACACUGGAAAAUAUUCCACUCAACGCCUUUUCCCUUUGACCUACUAUAUCACAAUGUCUCCAUUAUUGUGCAGUGUUUGUCCCCAUGGAAACGUGACUGAUGCUGACGUCUUAAGAUAAAUACAAUCUCAACCACUGCACUCCAGGGUGCCAACCCCAGAUGUAGCCUAGUCAGUCAUAACAAGUUGUCUACUUUCACCAUGUAAUGGCUUAUAAUCUCAUUUCCAGCUAUUUAUAUAUAGACUUUUGCCAAAUGUUUCGACUAAUCCCAGAUUAUAGGCCAGAGUUUGACUGUCUAGUAGAUUAGUAGAAUUAAAUACUACAUGUAAACGUGACUCAAAGGAUGUAUCCUACUGUGCUAAUACAGUGGGGCGACGGAUGGUUGCAUUGUUUUGUUUGGUUUUUUAAAUAUGUGUUUGGUCUUUUUGCCUUCAUUUUAGGUAGGACAGUGAAGAGUGAGUGGGAGAGAGAGAUGGGAUGGGAUGGGGAAAUGGCUGCAGGUUAGAUUCAAACCUGGGUCCCCUUGAACACUUGGAGCCGAAAUAUGCUAUGGGCUUUGUAGCCACUUGCACUGUUGAGUGUGUUUUGAGGCAUAUGUUUCUGUGCACAUAUUAUAACAAGGCACACAUAGAGGGCCAAGUGGACACACUAACAGCCCAAAUGUGCUGAGGGUUUGGUGUAUUUGUUAUUAAGCCUGUUGAUCACAGGAUCCAGCAUGUCUGAAUGCUUGCCAGCUUUUGAGUAUCGGUACACAUAAUAUGCUAUUUUAUAUCUAAUACAUGCCACCAAAAAGACUUAAUGGUAAACUGUGAGUUCUUUAUUGAAACAAGUGACUCCCUUAGUCACAUCAUCACAUAGUUACUCUAAACUAAAUGUAAUCAGAUAAUCAGAGUGAGCACCUUAGCUUGUGAAAUAAUCGUUAAAAUAACAUGAGAAUAAAAGGUUAGAGCAUUCCAAGUAAACCAAAUCUACCUAAUUGGACCAAUGCUAUUACUUAACAUGGGAAGCAUCUUUAUGCAUAGAAGAAAAAUAUUUAUUUUUGACCUUUUGGAAGUUUUCUCAAAUUGGUGUAUGUGUUGAUUGUUUGUUAUGAGAUUGCUGCAAUGUAUUUUUCCACACAAUAGCUGUGGUGUCUUUUUUUUAAUAAAGGUAUGAUCAAAACAG